CGCGGGGCCGGGGGCCGGCCAUGAUCGACUCGGUGAAGCUGCGCCGCGCCAGCGCAGCCGACUUCUUCUCGCACUACGAGUACGUGUGCGCGCUGCAGGACGUGGUGCCGCUGCCCGCCGUGCGCGCCCGCCUGCGGGAGGGCGUGCUCGACCUGCACGCCGACCGCCUGCGCCCGGCCGACUGGGCGCCGCUGCUCGGCGCCCUGUGCGUCAGCCGGGACCUGCCGCUCGUCUCCAUCAGGAGCGCCUGCCCGCCGGCAGAUUCUGACAUAAACAGAGUUGGCAGAAGUCGUAUUCCUGCAAUAAGAUCCAAAGAUGUGACCUUCCAGCUAUGUAAAGCACUUAAAGGCUGCUUGAGUAUAUCAAGUGUCCUGAGGAACCUAGAGCUAAAUGGACUGAUUUUGAGAGAGAGAGAUUUAAUUACUUUAACACAGGGAUUGAACAAAUCGGCUUCUUUGGUGCACCUGUCUCUUGCAAAUUGUCCGAUUGGAGAUGGCGGUGUAGAACUUAUUUGUCAAGGUAUAAAGAACUCUAUCAGUCUCAAGACCGUCAACUUCACGGGGUGUAAUCUGACUUGGCAGGGAGCAGAUCACAUAGCCAAGAUCUUAAAGUAUCAGACCAUGAGAAGGCAUGAGGAGAUCUGGGCGGAGAGCCUCCGCUACAGGACACCUGACCUGGACCGCAUGGCUGGCUUAAGGCGAAUCACAUUGAAUUGCAAUAUGCUGAUUGGUGAUAUGGGUGCACGUGCUUUUGCAGACUCUAUUAACGAGGAUUUGUGGCUCAGAGCACUCGACCUACAGCAGUGCGGCCUCACCAACGAAGGAGCCAAGGCCUUGCUAGAAGCCCUGGAAACCAACAGAACUCUCGCUGUCCUGGAUAUAAGAAAAAACCCACUUAUUGAUCAUCCUAUGAUGAAAGCAGUUAUCAAAAAAGUUCUCCAGAAUGGAACGAGCUCUAAGUCAGAGUACCAGUGGAUAACUUCUCCAUCAGUGAAAGGACCACCCAAAACUACUAAACAGAAAAAGAAAACUAUCAUUCUAGGGAAUAGUCGUAAAGGAAAAGCUACUAUUAGAAUCGGAUUGGCCACAAAGAAAACUGUCAGUGAUGGAAGGAAACUUGCUCUUAGUAAACACGGUAAUCCUGAAGCUCAGCCGCCUGGUGUGUCUGGGUUCCUGCCCUGGAGAACGGCGCAGCGUGCCAAGAGGAGCAGGGGGUUUCCAUUAAUUAAAACUCGUGAUAUAUCUAAUGAGCUCCAGCAAGGAGACUUUCCUGUGACUGUGACGGUAGAGAGUCCUUCAUCGUCAGAGCUGGAAGAGAUGGAUGAUUCUUCAGAAGGUGUUUGUGAAGUGCCUGAGAAAACCAUUUCAGUAAAACAAGAGGCAUUACAGGGAAAACUGGAGGAGUGCCUAAAGCAGUUAAAGGAGGAAAGAAUAAUACGACUUAAGGCUGAUAAGCGAGUCAGUGAGCUGGAAACUGAAAAUGCCCAAUUAAGAAACAUAAAUUUCUCGCUGUCUGAAGCACUUCAGGCGCACUCACUGACGAGCAUGAUCCUGGAUGAUGAAGGCAUUUUGGGCAGCAUCGAGAGCUCUUUUCAGAAGUUCCAUGCUUUCCUGGAUCUCCUUAAAGACGCCGGGCUGGGGCAGCUUGCCUCCAUGGCCGGUAUAGAUCAGUCAGAUUUUCACUUACUCGGUCGUCCGCAGAUGAAUUCCACUAUUAGUAGUCAACCUGAAGAAGAAAGAAAGGCACUGGACGGAGAAAAAACAGAUGUGAAGCAGAAUGCCAUAGGACAAAUGCAGAAUAUCCACUUUCAGACAAUCACGAGUGAUGGUAGAAUGCCUUUGCCUCUCGACUCCUUCAGUGCUCCAGCCCCCAGUCAGGAGAGCUCAGCGGAUGCCAGAGACCAUGCAGGAGCCCCGGCUUCUGAGUGGCAGCAGGAGCCUUUUGAAGAAUUUCUUGGUAGAACAUGUUCUCCUUUAGCAGCGGUGAUUUCUGCAACUGGCAGUCAUGGAGAUGAAGAUGUGUGGUCUAGAACGAGCAAAUCACCUUCAGAGAAAACGGCCCAAACAGGUGAACAUACCAAAAAACGCUCGGCUAAGAAGCAACUUGGAAACUGGAAAAGCAAAGGAAUCGGGGGAAGUAGUUCCUUGGUUAGUGAACCAAUUGAAAAUGAGUCUUUGAAAAAAUGUGUUUCUGUCAAGAAAGAAAAUAGAAUAGUGACUGCUUCAUCUAAGACAAAUAAAAGUAAGCCCAGUCAACUAGAACAUUCUGAAAGUGAUCAUCUUGGAUCUGAUUUUGAAUAUCAAGAAAGCAUUUAUUCUCUAUCACGCCUAACUUAGGUUUAAACCUUUUGAAAUUAUGUUUUUGCCUUCAGAUUUUAAUAAAUUUUCUUACGUUUUUA